AUGGAGAACUACACUGAUGUUACAGUUACUUACCUCAAUGGACUAAAUGAGACAAGGUUACAAAAAAACAUCUAUUUUGUCUUUACUCUUAUUUUUUACCUGUUGAUCAUAUUCCUGAAUCUGACACUGAUUGCUACAGUCCUUUUGGACAAAUCCCUCCAUGAGCCCAUGUACAUCUUCAUCUGUAACUUGAGUGUCAACACCCUGUAUGGAACUGCUGGUUUCUAUCCUAAACUCCUGGCUGACUUUCUCUCUGACACUCAUGUCAUCUCAUACACUGGAUGUUUGAUUCAAGCCUUUGUCAUCUACUCUUAUGUUCCUUGUGAAUAUACCAGUUUAACAGUGAUGGCCUACGACAGGUAUGUGGCAAUAUGUAACCCUUUGGAGUACCAUGCUAUCAUGAAUACUAUGAUUACUGUAAAAUUAAUUUUGAUUUCCUGGAUUCUUCCUUUGUGUGAGAUAAUGAUUGGAAUUGUGUUAACUUCCAGACUGUCUCUGUGUAGAUUUCAGAUUGACAGACUCUACUGUGACAACUGGUCAAUUGUAAAGCUGUCCUGUAUGGACACAACUCUCAACAAUAUCUAUGGAUAUAUUUUAGUAAUUGCUCAUGGUUCACAAGCCUUUUUUAUUAUAUAUUCUUACAUCCAGAUUGUAAGAGCAUGUUUAAAGUCUAUCGAAGGAAGGAUUAAAUUUAUGCAGACCUGUUUGCCCCAUUUGAUCACAUUAAUCAACUUUGCUAUCUCCACCAUAUUUGAUGUGAUGCAUUCUAGAUACGGUUCUAGACACACACCACAGACUCUUAACAAUAUCAUGGCAAUGGAGUUUCUAGUGAUCCCUCCUCUUUUAAAUCCUCUCAUAUAUGGAUUAAAACUCACUCAAAUUCGUCUAAGUGUUAAGAGACUACUGUAUAAGAGAAAGGUAGACUCUCAAAACUACUUAACAAGUUUGUAA